GGGAGAGCGGAUAUAGUGAAUGCGGGGUCUAGGGAGAGCGGAUAUAGUGAAUGCGGGGAGAGCGGAUAUAGUGAAUGAAGGGUCCGGGGAGAGCGGAUAUAGUGAAUGCGGGGUCCGGGGAGAGCGGAUAUAGUGAAUGCGGGGUUCGGGGAGAGCGGAUAUAGUGAAUGCGGGGUCCGGGAGAGCGGAUAUAGUGAAUGCGGGGUCUAGGGAGAGCGGAUAUAGUGAAUGCGCGGGUCCGGGGAGAGCAGAUAUAGUGAAUGCGGGGUCCGGGGAGAGCGGAUAUAGUGAAUGCGGGGUCCGGGGAGAGCGGAUAUAGUGAAUGCGGGGUCCGGGGGAGAGCGGAUAUAGUGAAUGAAGGGUCCGGGGAGA